UGAUUUAUCCACUCGCAAAAAAAUAAAAUAUCACAGAACAAUUAACAGAUUAAACAGCCGGCGCCACCAGUUUCCUCCCGGCGGCGAGCCGUUGCGGUAUCCAUUCUCCGUCUAAGCAAUGCUUCUGAGCUUCCGUUACAUCAAUCACCAAAUUACACCUACUCAACAAAAUCAGAGAUCCUACCCUUACUUCCACCUCCGCCGCCUCUCUCUCCGCUCCAAACCGCACCGAAACCCCAUCUUAUCGCUACUUUCCUCCUCCUCAUCGGCCGCCGUUUCCACCAGAAAUGUGGUGUGUGAAACCCUAGAGGAGGCGAAGGAAGAUGAUUUUGACGUAUUAAGAGAUAACGAAGCGGAACGUUACAAUUUCGAUGGCUCGUUCGAGUCGACUGAGUUGAAACGGUUCGAGUCGCCGGCGGUGGAGGUGAAGGAGCUCGACGAUCUUCCGGAGCAGUGGCGGAGGUCUAAAUUGGCGUGGCUGUGCAAGGAGCUGCCGGCGCACAGGUCGGGCACGUUUAUUCGGGUGCUCAAUGCGCAGCGGAAGUGGAUUAGGCAAGAUGAUGUCACUUUUGUUGCCGUUCAUUGUAUGCGGAUUCGCGAAAACGAGUCGGCUUUUAGGGUAUACAAAUGGAUGGUGGAGCAAAACUGGUUUCGAUUUGAUUUUGCCCUCGCCACCAAAUUAGCCGAUUACUUGGGUAAGGAGCGGAAAUACUUGAAAUGUCGCGAGAUAUUUGAUGACAUAGUCAACCAGGGUCUGAUUCCUAAUGAGUCCACAUUCCAUAUUCUAAUUGUUGCUUACCUAAGUUCUUCUGGUUCAAGUUGUAUCGAGGAAGCAUGUGGUGUGUACAAUCAGAUGAUUCACUUGGGAGGUUACAAGCCUAGACUAAGCUUGCACAAUUCUCUUUUUAAGGCCCUUGUGACCAAACCGGGAGGAUCCUGUAAACAGCAUCUCAAACAAGCGGAGUUCGUUUUUCACAAUCUCACAACACAUGGCCUCAAAAUACACAAUGAUAUUUAUGGCGGGCUUAUUUGGCUCCAUAGUUAUCAAGAUAUUAUCGAUAAAGAAAGGAUUGAGUCGUUAAGAGCAGAGAUGAGAACACUGGGCAUUGUCGAGAGUGCAGAAGUGCUUGUGUCGGUGUUAAGAGCUUGUGCUAAGGAAGGUGAUUUUGCGGAAGCUGAAAGAACAUGGAAACAGAUUCUUUCUUCUAACAAUAAACCUCCGACUCAAGCUUUUCUGUAUCUAAUGGAGGUUUAUUCAAGAAUCGGGAAACCAAUGAAAUCCCUGGAAAUAUUCAGGAGUUUGCAAAAACGAGGUCCACCCAAUGUUGUCUCGUACUACAAAAUCGUUGAGCUAUUGUGUAAAGCUCAAGAGACAGAACUUGCGGAAUCUCUAAUGGGGGAGUUCAUAGAAAGCGGCAUGAAACCACUGACACGGUCUUUUAUCGAUAUGAUCCAUAUGUAUUACAAUCUGAGCUUGCACGAUAAAGUGGAGUCCACUUUCUUGCGGUGCAUGGAGAAAUGUCGGCCCAAUCAGACUGUUUACAGUUUGUACUUGGAUUCUUUGGUGUUAACCAACAAACUUGACAGGGCAGAAGAGAUCUUCAACCAAAUGCAUGCUGAUGAGGCAAUUGGUGUCGACGCUAAAUCAUGCAACACCAUCUUGAGUGGCUACCUCGCGUCUGCUAAUUAUGCUAAAGCCGAAAAGAUUUACGAUUUCAUGCGCGAGAAAGAAGUAUGAAACCGAGUCUCCCUUGAAGAAGAAAGGUUGAAUACAUCCUGAGUUUGAAAGCAUAAACAAGUCGAGAAAUCACUAAGCACGAAGCUCAGCAAAGAACAGAGAGAAAUCCUGAUAGGUUUACUAUUGGGUGGCUUAAGGGUUGAACUAGACGAAAAAAAGAAGAGCUGUGCGGUCAAUUUUGUGUUCAGAGAGAAUUUGAAGAUCCAUUCUUUCUUGAAAAGACAUAUAUACAACCAAUUUCAUGAAUGGUUGGCUUCUAAAUUAAUGGAUAACGACGAUGAAAAUAUUCCAUAUCAGUUCACAACGGUAUCUCACACAUAUUUUAAGUUCUUUGCUGACCAGUUUUGUCCAGAGGGGCAACCUGUAAUACCGAAGCUAAUACAUCGGUGGUUGACACCUCGUGUUCUUGCAUAUUGGUACAUGUAUGGAGGUUACAGAACAUCAUCGGGCGAUAUUCUGCUGAAGCUGAGGUUUGGUAAAGAGGAUGUACUAAGAAUUACGAAAUCAUUGAAGGCGAAUUCUUUGAAUUGUCGGGUGAAGAGGAAAGGGACGGUCUUUUGGGUCGGUUUUCUUGGGAGCGAUGCAGCGGAGUUCUGGAAACUAACCGAACCCUUUGUACUCGCAGAUUUGAAAGAGUUUCUAGAAGCAGGCAUUGAAUCUUCGAAUGGAAGUUCGGAAACCAGUAACGUAAAUUUCAGUAGCGAUGACGACAGUCCGCCUAAUUAAUCUUCUCCAACUAUGGUUCCUUUGAUACUUGGGAGCUGAGUGAUGCUUUCGGCCGGUCCCUCCUCCGCCACGUGGCGUUCUCUUAUUUGCUGAAUUUAAAUAACGAUUAACUAAAAGAAACGGUAAUUCGGUUUAAAGUCUGUUUAAAAUAAAACAAAAUGAAUUGGGUUUAUCCAGAUCUAGUACAUAAAUGGAAGUCUUGUGAAGAGAUUUUCCAAGUACCGGUAAUGCCCUUGGUAAAACUGUACUUGCGCACAUAAACCCUAAUUUGAUAAUUUGAUUAUAAAA